AUGUCUCAGAGGAAGCGCAGUAAAGGGUCAGGUUUCUCUCAGGGGAAGGAUGAGGAUGAAGAUUAUGGGGUGAGCCAGACCCCGACGCACAGCCAGGAUCAAGUGAAUCAGAAGGUAAGUGAGCUGGUUCAGUUCCUCCUUGUGAAAGACCAGAAGAAGAUCCCCAUCAAGAGAGUGGAUAUCCUGAAGAAAGUCAUCAGGGAAUACAAAGAUGUCUACUCAGAGAUUGUCAACCGGGCAGGCAGGACCUUGCAGCAGGUAUUUGGGCUGCAGCUGGUGGAGAUUGACACCAAACAUCACAUCUACAUCCUCACCAGCAACCUGCCUCGUGCUGAGGGGGAGAACAUGCACAGAGACAACCAGACAGCCAGACUGGGGCUUCUCAUGGUCAUCCUCAGCUUCAUCUUCAUGAAGGGAAACUCAGCUAAAGAUGGUGCUGUGUGGGAAUUUCUCCGCCGGCUCCGGCUACAACCAGGGGAGCGACACGAGGUCUUCGGAGACGUCAAGAAGCUGGUGACGGAGGAAUUUGUGCGGCAAAA